UGACAUUUACACAAACUGUCCCCGCCCGCAGCGAUAAUGUGACUUGCAGUACCGGGGCCUGAGCAAUGCAGGACCGGUGAUUACCGCACAAUCCGGUAACUGCGCCCGUCAGCGACAUGACUAACCCGGGCACUGACCGGCUGGAUCUCAGCUUCCUAAGGGAAGAGGAAGCCAGCCAGAUCCUGGGUGUACUGGAGCGGGACGAGCAGCUGAGGAGGACGGACAGGGAGAGACUGUGCAAACUUAAGAGUUCGAAGCGGGAUGUGAAAUGGCUACACGCGUUGUCUGGAGAGUGGUUCGAAGAGAUCCAGAAAAAGAAAUUUAAGGAUGACACAGAUGUAAGGAGCCUGGUGAGGCCACCUCUGACCCACCUCGGGAAGAAAACCCCUAAAGGCGAGUCUGAAUCCUCUAGAAUGACAACAUCUAGAAACUUUCAGUCCCAAAAGUCCUCCAGCUCUGGACCGUCGUUCCUCAGGAUUCGCUCCCCAUUCUCGUCCUUGUUCUCCUUCAGGAAAUCUUCAAAGCAAAACAUAAAACCCCCACCUCAGCCGGAGAGACCAAGUAUAUUCACAAUCCGAACUCCGGCACCCCCAAGCACGGAAGUGAAGAAAAAGUUUGAGAUUUACCAGUCUACAACAAGUGUAAAGCAGAUUGCCAAUUUCUUCGAGGCCCAGCGGAACAGGACAAGAACGAAUGAAACGGCUCCGCCUGCGUCUCAGCUGGAAAGCGAGGUUUUCCAAGUUUUAGGAGAUUUGGAUCAGAAACUUGCCCAAGAACAGAGUUAUGCCCAGACAGCGAGAACAAGUCGAAUUUCCAGCUACAAACAUGAAGGCAAUGAAGGUUCACGGCUCGGUACAGCAGAAUGUAGGAAAGAUUACAGCACUUUAUCUUCUUAUGAUGGAAGAAGAACUGUAUUACAUGGGGAAGGACAUACGACUUAUGCUACCUACCAACCAAGAAGGUUUUCGGAAAUGUAUUCAAACAGAAAUCGCUCAGCCUCCAAAGAGUACUCUUCCAAGAAGAACGUUUAUAGAAAGACUCCUUCAGUGUGUUCAGCUUUAAACAGUACAUCACCAAGUUCUGCACCCAUAUCCAGCACGUUUUCAUCAAGUAGUUUAGAGCUUCCGUCUAUGAGUCUAGAACUGGAAAGGACAAGACAGCAUAAGUCUAGAAGGAUACCUGUCAUCUCUAUCAAAUGGAAUAAUGGGCUUUCCUCUGGUCAACCAGAGGAGGUUAAUAGACCUUCCAGAACGCAGUCAUCCCUGGAUCUUACAGAUCUCGGCAACCCCACUCACCAUAACAGAAUAUAUGAUCUUUACAAGUACAAAAGAAUACAGGCACCCACUACUCACAACCUUCAUAGAGAAGACAUUGCAAAUGACAUGACAAGUACAGCUUUGCACAACAAUUCAGAUAAUCGUUCCACUGAAUAUUACAAAACAGACUAUCGUGGCCUCAGACCUGUAAUGAAAUUUCCAAUGCAAAACACAAGACAUUGUGAGGAAGAAAAUAAGGAAAAUGCUUUUAAGGCAAAUGAAAUUACAAGUAAACUACCUUCUGCCAAUUCAGACAUUACCAGUGACAAGGAAGUGGAACCCAUGGAAUUUGAAAUUGAAUCUCCAGUACAAUUGGAUAGUAAUAUUAUAACACAAAAUAGUGCAAAGACUUUGAAAACUCGUGAUCUAUGCAGUUUCCAUUUACAAAUUGAGGAUAUCUCUGCAAAGGCAGAUGUAAUAAAAGAAGACUGUGUUAUUGCAAAUGACAAUGAAACACAUAGGGGACAGAAAUCUGUCAUGCAUCAGAAAGAUAAUGCAGAAUAUUAUACCAUAACAUCUGAGAGCAAAAUCAACCAAGCACCUGAACCCUUACAAACAACCCACAGUGACCCAUCAGACCCUGAGACCAUGGAAGUUGAUGUCCCAAGUGUCUCUACAAAUUCAACAUUUAACAGCUUGUCUGCAGUUAGUCAAGGUGAUCUAGGGGACACUUUUGCUCCAAGGACAGAACAACAUACUCCUCAAUCUGGAUUACUGUUCACUGACCGUCAUCUGCCACCUUACGCAUCUCAAAAUCUUCAAAGUUCAUUUAAACAUAGUACGUUCUCUGAUAUUUCAUUGUCAAAUAACAGUGAUUGGAAAAAUCCCAUGUCUCCAAAAACAUCCACUUUAUUUAAUAACACCUCAGACACUGUUGGAAGACUUUCAAUGUUGAAUACAAGAUGGAGUUCCAAAGAUAAACACACAGAAGAUUUUGUAACCGAUACUAUGAGACAUCAGAGAAGAAAUGCAUCUUCUCUUCCAGAUUUAAUUGACCAGAAAAAUUACAUGUUUAUUGACAACGAUGAUACUAAGUUACUAAAAAACAGCCACGAGAAGGCUACAUAUUGUAAUUCCACAACUGAAACCAAAUCUACAUGGCUCACUGAUGAAGCACACAAAACGCCCUUAUACAACAAUGAAAAGUGUGGACACUUUAAAGUGGAAAAUCCCAACAGUCAAGCAAAAGAAUCAAGUUUAGAGCAUUUACAAAAACCUUAUACAUUUUGUUAUGUUCCGGUCAUUGGUAGAACAUCAGAAGUAACAGGGAAAAAGACCACUCUGUCUCAAGACGUAUCACACCUGACCGACACAAUGACCGAGAAUAAUAAUAUUAAAAAGAAACCUUCAAAUGUAACAGAUGUUAUUCCUACAUUAUCUGAUCUACAUGAGAAGUAUAAAUCUAUGUACUUUAAUGGGGCACCAUACAGAAAUUAUGGGAUGAAUGGUGCUGACAGAAAUAAUAAUAGACAGUCCAUUGAAAUCAUUCCAACAUCAGAGGACGUUGGUCAAAGUGAUGAGUUAAAAGCUAAAAAUGGUUAUAUUGAUGGAGAAAGUGAUGGUAAUAAAACACAACACAUGAAAGCCUCAGAAAGUGAGAUGACUUCCAAACAAAAUCCAACUUGUCAACAAGAUGGUGUGUCAUUGACGAAUCAACAAAACAGGAACAGAAUUAUAAAAGCUAAUCCAAAUUCUGAACCAGAAAUAUCCAUGAAUAAAAACUUUGAUCAACAUGGUUAUAGCAAAGUACUAGACUCUGUAGAACCACUCAAGAUCAAAGACUUAUCUAAAUAUUCCACCAGCCAGGUUGUAGAAGAUAAUUUAGAAAGCACUUCCUCCAGCAGAGCCUUAAUUCAGCCCAGUACAGAGAAUAAAUCUGCAAAUUUACUAAAACAGCACUUACUUUUGGCACCGGAGCCAUACAAAAGGAACACUAAAGUCAAAGAAAACAUUGUUUCACCAUGGAAAUGUCCUGCAAGUUCUGAAGAUGGGCAUACGCCAAGCACUUAUAAAUGUGAAAAUUCAAUAUCGAACAUUAAUGCAGAUCUUUCUACUGAACAUAAACCAACCCAUGAAAGUACGUGGACUCAUAAAACAUACACAGUAACCGAAAACACUCACAUCUAUGAGGCAAAUUAUGUAGACUCCUCUCAUCCUGAUGUAGAUAAGAUUGAGUAUCAUAAGAUAGUUUCUGUCUACUAUAGCCUACCUCGCAAGUAUUCAAAGAGGAUGUCAGAGUUAACCAGGAACAACCUAAAAAACAUUGAUAGGACCCUUGAAAGCAGUAAUGCACCCAGUUCCCUACUUGAUAAAUUUGUAAAUAAGUAUCAAGAAGCUGAAGAAACACAUGACUCCACUUACCAAAACAUUGGAAAAACAUCACCUAGCACUACAGAAAAUACACGUACCAAAGAGUUACGUUCAGGAGAUACAAGUCCAUGUAAACCUCCCCUCUUAAAUUUUCAAAUGAUUCCUUUGCAAUCAAACCUCAUAAAUAAAAAUAAUAGGUCUUCUGGUGAGGAGACAACAUCACCUAGUAAUGAUGAUUUUUUGGACAGAUUUAGUUCUUUACGGAUUUCUGAAAAUGAAGGUAACACAAUAGCCAAGGAAGACUUACAAAUGCAAAGAAACCUGAGAAAUAAGAAUGAGUACAGCCCUUUGGGAUCCUCCCCAAAGUUUAACCAAAAUAUUUAUUAUACUUUACCAAGCAGGAAAUCUAGUCUUCAGGAUCUGGAGAGAAAUAUUCUUGAGAAAGACAUUACCAUGGCUCAUGACCGGCGUAACAUAUAUUCCCAAAGAGAAAACACUGUGCCUACAACCCCAGGUUUGCAAGAUGUUUUCUCAUCGCCAACAUUCACUUAUGAUAAUCCUAAUUACUCCCAAGAUUAUUUCACACAUUUUCAGGAAACCAACAGACCAGAAAAAAACAUUAAUCAUUAUUUGGUAAGAGAUAAUACUGUGUGUCAGAAGGGUUCCUUUGAUGAAGGUUUAUUUUCCAGGGAAGAGUUGCCUGCAGCCUACACCUCCAAAAAUCUGAAAGAUUUAAGUACGCGCAAGUCCUUCAACUCCAGCGAUAUCUCACCACAUGUGGAACCCAGCAAUCUACCGACCUAUAAUCAGCCAAAGUUUAGCCCAACUGAUAAGGUAACAAAUCGGACUAGGCCAUCAUAUUGUUCUGAAUUUGUCCAAAAGAAAAUGAAACCCAUAAAUGCAAAGAAGUUUAGCUUCUCCUUUGACCACUCAGGUCAACAAGAAUACGGUAAGCCACGGCACACUGAGUCCUUCGACGAUUAUGUAAGGAAAUCUGAUACUGAAUCACCGCCUGGAUUCUAUACACAGAAUGAUAAUAAUCCAUCACAUGUAAACAAACAUUAUUAUGGACAGAGUAGUCCCACUCAGUGCAGUAGCAGUUCCAAUUUGUACCGUUCAAAGAGCUUGAAGAUUUUGAAUACAGAAAAUCGAAAGGACUUAAUGGGAACCAGGAGGGAAAGCAAUGGGAGUUUUUCUUCGAAAAGCUAUGGUGAAAAUCUGAGAAGCAGGAGAACCUCUACAUAUCAUGGCUCUGAUGAUACCACAUGUAACAGGAGAUUUUCCGCUGAUACGAUUAUAGACGAAAAUGAUAAUUGGCCUAUCACUGACACAAGCCACUAUCACAAACCUGUAUAUACCUCCAAAUCUCUUGACUAUGGGAUUUUCGGGAAGGAGCAACAAGCAGCUCUUUUAAACAAUGUAAAACGGUCACUUACUGAAGGUAGGUUAUGGAGGCCAAGCUUUCUGAAAAACCCAGGCUUCCUGAGAAACGAAGAGCCUUGUUCUUCUCAGGAGUCACCUUCAAUAAGUGGUAGUCCUGGUGAUGUCAUGUCACAGGGGCCUAACCUUAAAGGAUUUCUUAAUAUAUAUAAGGAUGAGCCAGCUAUGAAUUCAGACUCGGAUACCGAUACAACCACCGAUGAUGAAUAUUACUUAGAUGAAAAUGACAAGGAGUCAGAACUCUGAGGUGUUUUAGCCUUGUAGCCGAGACAGUAUUUGACCGUUUUACUCACUAUAUAAUGACUUUACAUGAACAGUUGUAACCUAUAAUAAUUGCCUUCACACAGUAACCAAUGGAGAGGACCAUGAUACUGAUCCACAUCCAUUUAAUGAAAGUGCAAUAUUACAUCGGCUUCUUAUGAAGCCCCUCAAAAAAGAGCAAAUAUAUAAUUGGUAACAUUGGUAACAGUCAUGAAAUUGCAGACAGUAAUGCCAUUUAACUACCUUUAUAUAUUAGAUCCGGCUCCUGGUGAUUUGAUAGGCUACAUUGUCAGUGCCUGCUGAUUCCUGUAUAGAGAAUGCCACCUAAUGAAUGUACAGUAAUGGCCUAUUGGCAUCUUGUAUUGAAUGUACCACCGACAGUUUAGGUACAGGGACAUAGAUCUGAUUCUUGCCCUGUCUACUGUAUGCACUUAUUUCAUGUUUAUAGGGGUAAAAAAGAUUUGUGCUAGAGGUGGGAGUUCCCCUCUAACAACUCUGCACUAUUAGCUGUUACGGGAUGCGGUUAAUAUACCGGUAGUUGGAAUCCCGACACCAGAAUCCUGACGCCUUAAUCCCAACAGGGUCAGGAGACAAAUGCCGGAAUCCCAACAGCCAGCAUUCCGACCAUAAGUAUAGCGGGCUAUGGUUAGGA